AGGGGCUCCGAAGGCGUCACCAGCUGGCACCCUGGCCUGCAGGGGAAAGUUCGGUUCUGGACUGGUUUCUGUUCCCUGAUGGCCCGGAAAGGGAUCGUGCUCAUCAGGAAGUUUCAAGAGGCAUCCCGGAGCCUCGGCCACGGCUCCCGGGUGACUUCUUGGGUCACUCGGGUCCGCGACCUCACCCGCAGGCCUGGCCCGGGCAAUGGGCGCGUGGGCCGGGCGCACGCUGCUGCUGCUCCUCCUAGUUAGGACCGCGGCCCCGCAGGGGCGACAGACGCGCUCCCACACUCUGCACUACCUCUUUGUGUGUGCCUCAGAGCCCGAGCGUGGGCUGCCUUUCUUUGAGGCUCUGGGCUAUGUGGAUGACCAGCUGUUCGUGUCCUACAAUCAUGAGAGUCGCCGUGCUGAGCCCCGGGCUCAGUGGAUUGGGGGCAGGACCUCGAGCCGGCUGUGGCUCCAGCUCAGUCAGAGCCUAAAAGGGUGGGAGCAUAUGUUCAUUGUGGACUUCUGGACUAUCAUGGACAACCACAACCACAGCAAGGAGUCCCACACCCUGCAGGUGAUCCUGGGCUGCGAGGUGCAGGAGGACAACAGCACCAGGGGCUUCUGGAAGUAUGGGUAUGAUGGGCAGGACCACCUUGACUUCCGCCCUGAGACACUGGAUUGGAGAGCAGCAGACCCCGCGGCCCAUGCCACCAAGCUGGAGUGGGAAGGGCACAAGAUUCGAAAUAAGCAGAACAAGGCCUACCUCGAGAGGGACUGCCCUGAGCAGCUGCAGAGGUUCCUGGAGCUGGGGAGAGGGUUUCUGGACCAGCCAGUACCUCCUUUGGUGAAGGUGACUCAUCAUGUGGCCGCUAUGGUGACCACUCUACGGUGUCAAGCUCUGAGCUUCUAUCCCCAGAACAUCACCAUGAGGUGGCUGAAGGACAAGCAGCCGCUAGAUGCCAAGGAGGGCGGGCAGAAGGACGUGUUGCCCAACGGGGAUGGGACUUACCAGGGCUGGGCAGCCUUGGCCGUGCCCCUUGGGGAGGAGCAGAGAUAUACCUGCUUAGUGGAGCACCCAGGCUUGAAUCAGCCCCUCACAGCCAACUGGGAGCCUUCGCCAUCUAGUGCCCUAGUCAUUGGAGUCAGCAGUGGCAUCACUGUCUGUGUCAUCAUCUUCUUUACUGGAAUUUUGUUCCGAACCUUCAGGAAGAGGCAGGCUUCAAGUGGAGCCAUUCGGGACUAUGUCUUAGCCAGGUGUGAGUAACCCGCAGACUUCAGAUCUGUCCCAUGGAGGAGACACAACCAGAGAUUCAAAGAGGGAGUGUCCUUGUGGAAUUCUCCGUAUUUUAGGACAGUAGGACUUAACAAACAGAAACUGCCAAAACAACUCUUUGCUUUCUAAAAAAGUCUUCCUCAGUAGCUCUUUGAGUUCCUGCAUGAUCAUGACCUCCAGCACUGACUUUUUCCUCAGAACUGUGUUGCAUAAAUCUCAAACUGCCUCCAGAUGCUUCCUUCAUUUCCUCCAUCAACUCAGAUCCUGUACACCUGUACUAUCUCAUCUCCAGCCUCUAGAAGAAGGCUUUUUAAAUUUGGGAGACUCAUGUUUCUUUUUAACAUCUGAGAAAAGCUUUGCCCUGGGACAUGGACACUUGUACUACUACUACUAGAAUUUUGUAAAAACAUCCUGGCAUCCAGGACCCACUCAACUUUCCCUUGUGAGUCCCCUUUCUGUGCUAUCCAGUAAUUCGUCUGUCACCAAGCCCUGGAUUCCUUUCCUUCACAGCAAGAUCUGGGUCAUUGUGCCGCUGUAAAGGCUGUGCACCGCUCAAUUUAAAGCAGCACCCUUCCUGGAAAAGAAUGGGUGUUUUGUGUGCUUUUGUAGUUUUACAGCAGAAGGAAAGGAAGUGUCUUAAAGGGGAUUUUCCAAUUCGCAUAAAGGCAACAGAGAGGUUUUCAAAGAUUAGUAACACCUGCAGAUUUGGUCCCACUCUAGCAUGCAGGACCUGAAGUACCAUUUCUCCUGUUCUGUAAUGAAAAUCAUGGAAAGGAUAAUAAUAAUAAUGAUACUGUAGCUGACACUUAUUUUUAAAAGGCAUGCUAUAUCAUAUUCUGUUCUGCAUACUGCUUACAGGAAUUACUGCAUGCAAUAUUUUAUGAGGCAGGUACUUAAUCCUCUGCCCUCUUUGUAGUGGCAAACCUAUGGCACGCAUGCUGCAGCUGGCUGUUUAUUAUCAUUGAAGGCUCUGAAAGCUUCGCCAUCACUGGUCUAGAUAAAGAAAGAAAUGUACAGAAUUUCAUGGUUUGCCCGGGCCAGGCAGCUCUGAAACCCAGCCAUUCAGCAGUAUGUGGUCUAUGCUAGUACUGAUACAUCCCAGUGUACAGACACAGGGGGUAAAUGGAGGAAGAGGACAUGGCUCUUCUCAGUGAAUUUGAUCCAUAUGAAGGGAACAGCACCAAACAAUCUAUGGACCUCAGUUGCCAUUUUCUUACCAAACGGACCAGACAGAGACUACCUUGAUCCCCCAUUUCUCUGUCUCCAGCUCUGCACGAGGACUGCGUUAGUGGGGUCAAUCCAUGACUGCUGGGCUUCACACUGUCUUUCCUUGGCCAGUGUCUGUAGAGUCAGAAUCCUACUGAUUCCCUUGACAAACUGUAGUUUGGAAGACGCCCAGGAAUCUUCUUGGGGAGGCUGGGAUUCUCACUGUCUUCUCCAGCUGUAGACAUUUGAAACAGUUUGAACCAGGCCACUUGGGAACAGCUGAACUGUAGAAAAGGGAUUUAUCCAAAAAUGACCCAAAGAAUAAUAUACACCUAUAUCUCAAUCCGUAUGACACAUGUUUACUUUAUGUGCUGUAAAUAUUGGACACAUAACUGCGGUACAAGCAUUGUGUUUGCGGGCGGGGGGGGAGGGGCAACCGGCUUAAGGGACCAAACAUAGCACAAAAGGUUUUAAAUUUCAGCAGAAAUCUCAACUUUUUUUAAACUUCUUUUUUUUUCUGGUUAUGAAAGUUGCAUAGAAAAAUGUAAAAAAAUUUACACUUGUGGAAAAAUUGAGAAAUGAAAUAACAUUAAAGUUAUAAUUUCUUUAGCUUUUAUACUCUAUUAACAGUUUGUCUAAUACUUCUUAGAACCAUAUUGUUGCUUUAAAAUGUAUAAAAUUAACAUGUAUUUUAAUAAAUGUACCCUUCUGUAUCGCAUGAUUUUACCAAUGUUCUCAUCCCUCUUAGGUACAUAAUUAUAAUGUCACUUGGGGACACUUACAGAGCUUAUAAUUUUUUCUUACAUUUUGUUUCAUGGAAUGUUUUCAUUAAACUGUGUUCGCUGAAUUAAUUGUUUCUCUUCACCAUAAGAAUAGUAAUAUCUAAGUCAUAAGGCACUGGCUAUUUUAUCUCCAAACCAAGCUACAAGCACACCGAUGAGUUCUUUCUCUGUAAACAUCAGCCUGUAUUCAAAGCAAAAUGGCAAAGGUCUUGUCUUACUCUUCUACCUCAGGAGUAGCUAUGUUCCAGUUUUGGUUGGUCACACAGGCUGAGAUGGUAAGAAACACUACAGUCUUCGCCAUAACAUUUGGCCUAUUAAUUUUUUCUGCCACAGAAAUAAUAAAUUAACAAGAACUUAAUUAAUAAAACUCCAUUUUCUUCUGUUA